UUUAGAAGGGAAUCGAUUCGCAUGAUCCUGACUAAGCAGAUAACGAGUGUCACAUGUCGCUACGCAUUGCUGCGCUGGGCUAGACAAGGACAACCCGAAUAGCAGUUUGAUAGCUGUACACUGAGUCCACAACCAGAGAAACUACGCGUUGUGUGUAAAUAAAACAAGUCUGAUCCCCGACAAGAGUAUGCACAACGGCUCCAUGGCGAAAAGAGACGGAGAAGAAAACCUGGACUCAUGGCUCAAUAAAGCCACAGACCCCAAUAAUAUUGAAGACAGGUGGGAUUGUAUCCAGGAAUUCUACCAACUUGUCAACCAGGAGACCGAUGGUCCUCAGGUAGCGACGCGGCUUCUGGCCCACAAGAUCCAGUCGCCCCAGGACAACGAAGCUCUGCAGGCUCUCACCAUUCUGGAAGCAUGCAUGGACAACUGUGGCAGGAGAUUUCAAGUGGAGGCCGUUAAAUUCCGUUUUCUCAAUGAACUCAUCAAAGUGCUGAUUCCAAAGUACUUGGGCAAAUGGAGCUCAGACAGGGUGAAGGAGCGGGUGACUGAGGUGCUCUACGGCUGGACUCUGUGGCUCAAAGAGGAAGCCAAGAUCCAGGAAGCAUACAGAAUGCUUAAGAAACAAGGUAUUGUUAAAGAAGACCCUACAUUGUCAGACCGAAUUGCGAUGCCCCCACCAUCAGAGAGAACCAAAGAGUCCGUCUUUGACAAGGAGGGCAAGGCAGAGCUCUUAGCCAGGCUCCUGAAGAGCACAUGUCCCGAGGACCUACAGACCGCCAACAGACUCAUCAAAAACACCAUCAAAGAGGAGCAGGAGAAGGCAGCGCGGGAAUCGAGGCGUGUUUCGACUCUGAAGGAGGUGGAGACCAGCGUCUCCAAGCUGGGGGAGCUGCUGGCCAAGAGCAGCAGGACUGGAGCCCCCGUGCAGCACAGUGAGGAGCUCAGGGUGUUAUACGAGCACUGUGAUCGACUCAGACCUAGCUUGUUCCGGCUAGCCAGCGAAACGACAGACGACGAUGCGGCGCUGGCGCAGCUUCUUGCGGCUAACGACGAGCUAACGCAGGUGGUGACCACCUAUAAGGAGAGGGCGGCGAAGAGCGAGGGGGACCAAGCUAGUCGAGGAACAUCACGGAGAGAGGAAAAUACAGUCUAUGCGCCACCCACCAGUCCCAGGGGGAUUCGAAGCUACCACCUCAUUGACCUGUCCGCCCUGGACGCCCCACCAAACCAAAGAACAGCAGAAUCCCCCCUCUCCUCCUCUCCUCUGUUCCUCCUCUCGUCCCUCCCUCCCCCUGCCCCCAGUGGGAAUGGUACCCUCCCCUCAGGGGUUGACCUGGAGCUCAUUGACUUAGGCAAAACUGAACAUGCCCAACCCUGUCGGACGGAAGGGACGCGGAAUACAUACUCUAAAGAACUACUGCUGGUCAGCAGAGGACUUCGGAUGAAUUACGAUGAUGCAUGUGGAGGUGGUGACUACUUCCUCCCAGCUCAGAGUGGCUCUAGGGCAAAAGGCAGCUCUGGGAAGGGGGCUGACACCAUCUGGUACGCUGUCUCAUUCAUCCAAAACCCACCAUCUGCUGUAUCAGGACUGCCUCUCACGCUGCAGUGCCAGCCCCUGGACGGCCCUCUGUCCCCAGGGGAAUCAGAGGGCCGUCGGCCUCCUCCCCAGCCCUGUACAAACACCCACCUUCCCAUGGAUGCAGUCAGGCCCAGCCAGCUGGAGCCCCUCCCAGUGUGGGACCAGGCCGGGGUGCACGUCUCCCUCCACUUCCCCCGGGACCCUCCAAGGGAAAAUCCCGGCGAAGCCGUGGUGGUUCUCUCUGCCAUCAACACCUCCUCCCUUCCUGUGAGGGACUUCCUGUUCAAGGCCGCCGUGCCAAAGGGCAUGUCCGUGAAACUCCAGCCUUCCUCUGGCUCACAACUGCCACCCUUCAACCCUGUGCUACCUCCAGCAGCCAUCUCCCAGGUUCUCCUCUUGUCCAACCCCCAGAAGCUGAAGCUACGGCUCCGCUACAAACUGGCACUGUUGCACGGCGACCAACCGCUUAGUGAAACAGGCGAGAUAGAGAGCUUCCCUCCCUGGACAUCUUUAGUGGACGUCUAAAAUUAGAACAUACUGAGCUCCUAUUAUUUAUUAUUAUCCUAUUUUUUGUUGUUGCUGAGCUUGUUGGCUGAGCUUACAUCACUUUUGCCGAUAACCUUGAUAUUUUCAUAAAUCGACAGUGAUUAAAAUGAUGCAGGUUGUGAGUCAUUAAACUGACACAUGCGCAGCUCUCUACUGUGGGUUGGAGCACUGCCCCCUUUACGGUUUUUAUAUUCUCUUUUCUAAUAUUUUCUACUCACGCCUGUGCCUCCCACAUGCCUGCCCACACUCACAUUGUUUUGGGUUUGUUUCCAGGAUUACGUUUAGCGUAUGCCGAGCCAAAUGCUUUCGAUACGUUUAGAUUCCUUUUACUUGGUUUCGUUUUGGAAGAGCUGAAAAUCAGGGGAGAAGUGAGAAUGAAAGUGUUCUGUAUUUAAAGUGUUGUGUACCUGUCGUUAUCCCUGUAAAUGUAGAACAAUUUAGUAUUAAUGUUAUUAUUAAAGGGAAAAAAUAUUUCUGUUUUUCUAUGUUAUUUCUACGUGGGGUUCAAAGCUAAUCCAUACACGUCCCGAAAUCUCUCAGAAAACAGUUUUUUGGGUUCAAAAUACAAAUACGGGGACAAAUAUGGAAGUGAAAAACCAUAUUGGAGGUGCAUGGUAACUUUGUUGACCAAUCAUAUUUAUUGUGUGACAUCAGCAGAUUAAAAUACAUGUUCACUAUAUACAUAUUUGUAACAGAGGUGUUAGAUAAAGUGCCAAAAGCUUCUUCUUUUUUUUUUACAAUAAAUAAACAAAGACAAAAUGGGGAAUGGCGGAAGACCAUCACACCGGUUACCCUGGUUCCAGAGACCAUGUCUCGACAGGUCAAAGAACUCGGUCAGAAGGAACUGAUGGCGUAUUUCUCUACGAAAGUGGCUGUGAUUUGUCAUCGGGACUUCAUCCAUGAUGUCGUUGCAAUACCUUGUUUAGGGUAGUAUAUGGCGGUUCCAGUUUGAGCUGAAUGUUAUGAGUUAGCCUUUUCUUCUUGAAGAUCUGUGUUUAUAACUGGACAAAAAAAAAGCCCUUGAUGUUGUUAUCCCCACACCAUAUAUAGCACGUUUUAUCAUGACGUUAUAGAUAGAAUGGUUUCCCAUAUCCAACGGCGUGACGUAUCAGUUGGAAUAUGUGACUGUUGCUCUGUUCCCAGACCAGGGCCUACCCAGCAGUUUUGAUUCCAAAGGAAAACACGGAGAGUAAAGACAACAGACUAUAUAUAUUCCAAAGACAUUUUUUGCGUUUCUUUACAUUUUUCCGACAAAAAUGGAAGAAUAGUUAGUAUCCAUGUUGUUCAGUAUUCAAACACCAACAUAAAGAGUCUUUAGUUUAUGUGCGCGCGCGCGUGUGUGUGUGUGUGUUGUGUGUACACAUGUAGGCCCACGUACGUGCGUCACUGAGAACGAGACAGCAAUAGUCCAUGACAUCUGGAGGUUUUUUCACAUGCACUUGUUUGCAUGUGUGUAUUUUGGACCAGGGGUGCUACAAAAGUUUGAUAAAACUCACUUUCAACCCUAAUUCCCUAUGGCAGUGAUGUAUGUAGAGUAGAUGCUAGGUGAUGCAGCUCAUUGGUCUCUCUGUCGUAAAAGAUUGACUUGUGAA